AUGGCACCAAAAAAGAGUUAUAGUCUUGAGACUGAGUUGGUCCUUGCCAAAUCUAAUGAUCAGCAUAAUGCAUCGGUACCACCAUUGUACCAAUCAGCUACUUUUAAACAACCUUCACUUUCCAAUAUGGGUGAAUAUGACUACACUAGAUCGGGAAACCCCACAAGAACCCACUUACAGAAUCACAUUGCUAAAAUCAUGAAGGCUAAACAAGCAUUUGCCGUCUCAUCAGGUAUGGGAUGUCUUGAUGUGAUUACAAGACUUUUGAAUCCUGGUGAUGAAGUUAUAGCUGGAGAUGAUUUGUAUGGAGGCACACAAAGAUUAUUGACUUAUUUGAAUAAAAAGGGGGACUUAAUUGUCCAUCAUUAUGAUACAACUAAUACAGAAUUGAUAAAGUCAAAGAUAAGUAAAAGCACCAAGAUGAUAUUUUUGGAAUCACCAACGAAUCCUUUGAUCAAAGUGGUGGAUGUGAAGUCCAUUGCCGAAUAUGCACACCAAGUGAAUCCCGAUGUGAUUGUUGUGUUCGACAACACUAUGAUGUCGCCAGUAUUGAUGACUCCAUUGGAUCUAGGUGUAGACAUACACUACGAAUCAGCUACAAAGUAUCUCAAUGGACACCAUGACAUCAUGGCGGGUGUUUUAGCCACAAGAUCUACAGAAUUAGCCGAGAGAUUAUACUAUGUUAUAAACUCAACUGGAUGUGGAUUGUCUCCAUUUGACUGUUGGCUUUUGAGUCGAGGAUUAAAGACAUUAGCAGUCAGAGUUGAAAGACAGCAGGACAACUGUAUUAAAGUUGCCAAGUUUUUGGAAAAUGUUGGUUUCAAAGUCAGGUAUCCUGGGUUGAAAUCGCACCCUCAAUAUGAAUUGCACAAUUCCAUGUGUUCUGGGUACGGUGCUGUAUUGUCUUUUGAGACUGGGUCCAUCAAACUCAGUGAGAAAAUUGUCGAAAGCACUGACAUUUUUGGAAUUGCUGUAUCGUUUGGAUGUGUUAAUUCAUUAAUAUCUAUGCCAUGUAAGAUGUCACAUGCUUCGAUAGACGCUAAAACUAGAGAAGAGAGAGAAUUCCCUGAAGAUUUAAUCAGGUUGUGCAUUGGAAUUGAAAACGUUGAUGAUUUGAUUGACGACUUGACCAAGGCCUUAUUAAAGAGUGGUGCCGUCAGAGUUAACGAUAAGGAUGAGUUAUUUAAUGCUGUUCCUAUACAACCAAAGUUAUAG